GAUCCAAGAACACAUCCCAAAUGGUGUCCCCUGUUUUGACGAUCACUUCCACAGCACUCUUCCUCGUCGCUGCUGCUCGCCUAGACUCGAUCGAAGGCAUCCGAGUCGAGCUACGCAAGCGACCAUCUCGGGAAUUGGCAUCGUCCAUCCAGAGCAGCCACUCGCGCGUCAAGUUCUUGUCCGGAUCAUCAUCAUCAUCAUCAUCAUCAUCCUCCUCGAGCUCGCGCCCUGCCAAUUUCUCCCUGUCCACCUGGGACGAAAGCUGCUGGACGAUCUUCCACCUCGGAACGCCCGAGCAAGAGAUCCUAGCGAUCAUCGACACGGCGCUGGAUCUCGUGUGGGCGCAGGUCGAGGAACGAUCUUCCAGCUUCAAGAACGUAAGCUGCAGUGACUCGCGCUGCCGCCUCACGCCUUCUCAUUGCUCCGAUGGCAGCAACACUUGCAUCUACUAUCCCUCCAGCGCGAUCGGCCACGCCGGGCGCGGUGGCCGCCUCGCCACCGAGACCGUCACCCUCGUUUACGCCAGAGGUCGCUGGACGGAAAGGAUCCCCGUCCCCGACACCCUCUUUGGCUGCGAGAGAAAAACCGAAGGUCUCUCGGGAGUGAUCGGGCUGGGGCGAGGCGCGCUCUCGCUGGUGUCGCAGCUCACAAUUCCCGCCACUCGUACUACUCCGAGAUCACGGAGAACAAGUUCUCCUACUGUCUCUCGUCUAUGCUCUUCCUGGGCCGUGCUCGCAUCCCCGGCGAGGGCGUCCAGACGAUUCCAAUGCUGUCGAGCCCCGGCCAUGGGCACUACUACUUCGCCGAGCUCCGCGCGAUCACGGUUGGAUUCAGCGUCAUCGCCAUCGCUCGAAACGACUCUGACGCUGAACUUGGAGCUGUGCUACAGCACGGCGCUGGAUCCGAGCUACAAGUUUCCAUCCAUGGAGCUCCACCCUGAGAGCGCUCGGAUGGUUCUCAGCCAAAAGAACUACAUCUUGUCGAAUGGAUCCGGCUGGGCUUGUGUGGCCACUGCGAUGCGUGAUCCGGGAGAUGUGAGCGUCAUUGGCAGUCUGAUGCAACGCGACUAUCACAUUCUUUUCGACAACCCGGGUUCCACCAUCUCGUUUGCGCCAGCGACGUGCUCCGAGCUCUGAGUGAUCGAGAAGAAAGUUUGCA